AUGUCUCAACAAAUGGACUAUGUUAUCGAACUGAACAACUAUUGCCAGUCGAAAGGCCUGGUAGCGAAUUGGAACCACCGGGACAUUGGUACGGGACAUCAGCCCCGACACGUGAUGACACUCAUACUCAACAAUGAGCCAUGCACGACGGGAGAAGGCGGUCGCAUAGGUGCUGCUAAGUCUGAGGCCGCCCGUCAGUUUUUGCAGAGAUACGUUUGGAGGCACUAA